GCGGUCACCAUUCUGAUUGGUUGCUGUAUUCGCUCCUCCUCUCAGCCAUGCCGUCCUUCUACAUUUGCUGCAGACUAUUUCUUUCCAUCCGCCGACGUGCACAUUAAUUCACAAUUUUUUGAAAUCUUUCAAAAUUUUUGGAACAACCGGAUCAGGAAUUAAUCUUCCAUCAUGGUGCGGAUGAACGCUUUGGCUGAUGCCUUAAAGUCUAUUAACAACGCCGAGAAGAGAGGGAAGCGUCAAGUCCUUAUUAGGCCGUGCUCUAAGGUCAUCGUCAAAUUCCUCACCGUCAUGAUGAAGCACGGGUAUAUCGGAGAGUUUGAAAUCGUUGAUGAUCACAGGGCAGGGAAAAUAGUUGUCAAUUUAACGGGAAGGUUGAAUAAGUGUGGUGUGAUCUCGCCUCGCUUUGAUGUCAGCAUCCCUGAUAUCGAGAAAUGGACUAAUAACCUACUUCCAUCUCGACAGUUUGGGUACGUCGUUUUAACCACUUCAGGAGGAAUAAUGGACCACGAAGAAGCCAGAAGAAAACAUCUUGGAGGAAAAAUCUUGGGUUUCUUUUUCUAAGCUAUACAUCGCUUUUAAAUUCCAUAAAUUGUGGUUUUAACCAAACUUUUGUUAAAAUAAAAGACGAUGUGCUCUUGACUUGUCGCGAACAA